AUGGUGGCGACAGUAGUAUCAUUCGCCUUGCUGUUGUUGUCGCCGCUUGUACUAUGGUUGGCCGUCUGCUGGUGGCUGCAGCGAGGCCAUGGAACAAGACGGUGGGGCCGCAGGAGCCUGUUCGCUAACGGACCGGCGCGGCGCGGCAGCGAUGACGCAGUGCGAGCUCUGUUUGUAACGGCGCACCCUGAUGACGAAACGAUGUUCUUCGCUCCGAGCAUCCUGAAACUGGCUCGAGCCAGGCGGUGGCUGCUCUGCGGGUCCGCAGGUAAUUACUACAAUCAAGGGGCCAUUCGUAAGGAGGAGCUCCUGGAGAGCUGUGCAGUUCUUGGAAUCCCUCGUUCCAAUGUGACUGUCAUCAACCACAGGGAUCUUCCUGACCAUCCAUCUGUCGAAUGGGACACAAGUCUGCUGUCUGCUCUGAUCCUAAAGCAUAUUGAAACCAACCAAAUCAACCUGGUGGUGACCUUUGACGCGGGAGGAGUGAGCGGCCACACUAACCAUAAAUCCCUUUACACCGCCAUCAGGUACCUGCACUCAGAGAAUAAGCUUCCAGAAGACUGCCGAGUCCUUACCCUGGAGACGGUCAGCCUCUUCCGGAAGUACCUCUCCAUCCUCGAUGUCCUCAUCAGCUGCCUUCACAGCCAGGAUGUUCUCUUUGUGCUGACAAAAGAGGAGGCAGAACUGGCCAAGAGAGCCAUGUGGUGCCAUCGCAGCCAGCUCCUCUGGUUCCGCCGCCUGUAUGUCUUCUUCUCGCGCUACAUGGUGAUCAACUCACUUCGCUUCCUCUGAUGGAAAAAGGACACCAUCAAAGACUU